AUGUCCGAUGAAAUUCCCUCUGCAACUGCUGACCCAAACACCGUUCAAAAUUCUCUUCCCUCAAACGCUGAAGAUCGCAAAGCUGCCGCCGCUCUCUCCUCCCUAAACACAAAUGAGAUCGCCACAGAAGGCGCCUCCGCUGGGGCACCGCUUACUGCCAACCAAGAGGCUCUGGGAAGGGCCAUGAGCCGGCUGGAGAUAGCAGCCGGACAAGGCUCGGGCAAUGGGAAACUGGCCGAGGGACCGAAGAUUGAUGAGGUAGCGAAAAAGAAGGCAGUCAAGAUUGCUCCAGCUAAUGUUACACUACUGGUUGACCAGCUGGAUCUAAAUAAAACCAAAGCCACGGAGUUGCUCAAGGCUCAUGAUGGGGAUGUCACCAAGGCAAUGAAGGCAUUCAUUGCCCCAUCUAUUCGGACGUGA